CAGGUUAAAGAGACAGCUUGAGUGGUUGAAGCUCGCAGCGGCAGAAACUGCUCAUUCAGUCGGUCGGUAAGCGACUGGCAGUCAGCAACAUUCUCUGGCGCUAGGCUUUGUUGACGACUGCUGCUGCUUCUUCGAGUUAGCUGUAGGAAGCUGCUGGCUCCUUCACUGUGACAGAGCGGUUUACCCAAAUUGACGUUCCAUAAAGCAAGUGGAAAUAAAUCAAACUGAUCCAGAUAACAUUAGCGCGAUCCACGAGUGGCAGCGAAUGACUUUAUUGCCGCCACUGAAACCAGCCAGAGGAAACCGAAUAUUUUUUUUUACCCCAACAAAAAGCGAGUGUGUGGAAUGCGUGUGUACUUUUUAUUGGUGAUGUGACACAGUUACGCCUCUGAGCAUCGCGGCCUUUUUUUUCGAAAGCCAAGGAAACAAACAGAUUCCAUCAAAGUAGUCUGAGAAGCGCUUCUGCGUCGUGAUAUACAAAUACACAAAAAAAAGACAAAGAAUACAAGGGAUACAACAACUUAAUAAUUGGGAACGCCCUUCCAUCAACAGCAAAGAUGAAUUUCUUAAAAGAAGGUUUAGCAACAACGCUGGUGCUGAUUUUACUGCAAGGUUUCGUCCAUGUAGCUGAAGGAGGACCCGUCCAGCCCAAGCCGAUAACCGGACCUUCCUUUUCACCUCUGGAAAAGAAGGAUGUCAGUGACGAUGACAUAACUGAGCAUUUUAAUUCAAAAUUUUUCAGGGACAUGGUUUACACCAGUUAUGACCUAACAGCACUAGAAUCUCUUCAGAAAUCUUCAGAGUUUCCGUCAGAAGCCCUUGGAGAUGGAGAAGAUGCUUGGGAAGAGGCUGAAGCGCAGUCAACUCUUUCAGGUGGAGAGAGCCAAGAAUGGGUUUCCUCAGCUCCUGACAAAGAAAAUAAGAAGGACCUGAUAGAAAAAUAUAUCUCGAUUGUUACUCCAGCUGCGCAAAGAGACGCUGCUGAGACUGGAAAUAUGGUUUACACUGAGGCUGUAAAAUUGCCCACAGAUGACAAAACAGCGUUCUUUGUUUCAGACGAAAGUAUGAAAAAAGGAAAGAAAGAAAAAUAUAUUUGGAUUGCUAUACCAGACUGGACGAGAAGUUGGAAGGCCGCUCAAAGGGACCUGGAGGCCACUGUACCAAUCACAGCAUUCUCAGAAACUGCUGCUCAAAAGGAGGCUUCUAGUUCAGUACCAUCGUUUAUUCAAUUCAAAGAAGCAACUGGAGAAGAAGGCAAUGAAGGAUCUCCCACAGAUGCCUCCGACCACAAAAAGGACACAUAUUCCUGGUAUGCUGUGCCAGAGAAGAGAGGUAUCCAGCAGGCUACUCAUCAAGACAGUGAUGUUGGUACUCUCACCUCUGAUGUUACCAGGCAUCAUCGCCAAAAGAGAUUCGUCACCCCUUAUAAGUUACGUCUGAUUGCUGUACCAGUUAGCAUCUUUAAUUACCUUGGCUUCUUGCCAAUCAAAAUUCCUGGUCUUCCUUAUCAUGACGAACUCCCACCUUCUGAUUACACUUACUAUAACACCAUGCAUGACCUUAGAACACAGGAGAGAGUCAAGUAUUUCUUCUAGAUACCUAAGGCUAAUUGUUAUCAUUAUGAUUAUUAUUAUUGUUGUAAAUAACUGCCCUCCAUACUGUUAAUUAUCAAAUAGAUGUAAGGAUGUUGCUAAGCAAUAUUGUUUUGUAUUUAAAUGUUAGAAGAGGAUAUUUUAUACUAAGAUGCUGGGAAAGGAAAGAGGAGUAUAUUGAAUAACAAGGGUAAUUUCUCAUCACCAUGUAGAAAAUCUUGUAAAAACAUUGUUUCUCCAAGAAUGCAUAAUAGUGCCAAAAUUCACUCUUGAGAGAUGAAAAAGUAAACGAGCUACAUUGUGUUUCAGAUUCAAAGCUUUCUGUUUUUGGAAUUAUCCUUGGAAACGGGUGCUGUCCUGUGACUGUGAAUGACAAAUUUUGUAUAAUGAACACACCUGGAUUGCUUUAUGCAACCAAAAAUGUUUCCUCACGAUAGCAAUUGUACGAAGAUAUACUGCUCAUCAUUUUCCAGCCAAAUACAUAUUCUAAUUGAC